AUGAAGAACAACACAAGUCAGAAACCAAUAAGAAGUCAAGGAAAGAAAAAAUUAAAGAAAUUAGGGCAUCCAGGAACUAUACAAUUACGUAGGUAAGUCAAAGGAAAUCAAUAAAAAGCUAAAAACUAACGAUUCUCCUAGCGAAUUUAAACCAUUAUUAGAUGAGAAUGGUAAUCCACUUCCUAAAUCAGAAAGAAAACCAAAAAGGAAAUGUGCUGUUAUGUUUGGUUAUUGUGGUACUGGUUAUAAUGGUUUACAAACUCAAAAUAAUGAUAAUGUGAAAACUAUUGAAAAAGAAUUGUAUACUGCAAUGACUAAAGCUGGGGCAAUUUCAAUUGAGAAUUCAAUAGAUCAAAAAAAAUCAAGCUUUCAAAGAGCUGCAAGAACUGAUAAAGGAGUCCAUGCUGCUGGAAAUGUCAUAUCCUUAAAAAUGAUAAUUGAAGAUCCAAAUAUAAAAGAUAAGAUUAAUGAAAAUUUACCUGAACAAAUACGAAUUUGGGGUAUUCAAAGAACUACCAAGGGGUUUGAUUGUAGAAAAAUGUGUUCUUCAAGAAUUUAUGAGUAUUUAUUACCUACUUACGCAUUAUUACCACCUAAGAAGGGCACUUCAUUAUCAAAUUUGAUAGAUGAAAAGAAACAAUUGUAUCCUAAUUUAUUUGCAAAUGAUAAUGGAGAAGGUGAGAAUUGGUGGAAAGAAACUGAAGAGAAAACUAAAGAUGUAACAGAAGAUAAGAAAAUCAAAUCAAUUGAAAAUCAAGCAAGGAAAUCAUAUCGUAUAUCUAAAGAGAAAUUAAAUGAUUUAAGAAAUGUGAUUAAAAAAUAUGAAGGUACUAAUAACUUUCACAAUUUUACAGUAGGUAAAGAUUAUAAUGACAAUUCAAGUAAGAGAUUCAUAAUGAGUGUGAAUGUCUCAGAUCCAUUUCUUAUCGAAGGUACAAAUUCUCAAACUGAGUGGGUAUCAAUUAAAAUUCACGGUCAAUCAUUUAUGUUACAUCAAAUUAGAAAAAUGAUUGCAAUGGCUACUUUAUUAAUUAGAUGUAAUUUGCCACAUGAUUUAAUUUUAGAUUUUUUUGGUCCAACAAAGAUUAAUAUUCCAAAAGCACCUGCUUUAGGUUUAUUAUUAGAAAAUCCAGUUUAUGAAUCAUUCAAUCAAAAAUUGAAAACCGGUAAAGAAGGUUAUGAUAUGAUUGAAUUUGAAAAAUUUUCAAGAGAAAUGGAUGAAUUUAAAAUGAAGUAUAUUUAUGAUAAGAUUUACGAUGAAGAAAAUAAAGAAAAUGUGUUUAAUGCAUAUUAUAAUUAUAUUGAUUCUUUUGAUGUUGUACCAGAUGAAGAAGGUGCUCCUGGUUAUAGUAAAAAUAGAGUUACAAUAUUUGAUUUUAUGACAAAUUACAUUGAUAAACAUGGAAAAGAAGUGGAAGAAAUUAAAGAAGAUAAUGCAGAAGCUAAGGAGGAAAUUAAAGAAGAUAACGCAGAAGUUAAGGAGGAUGUUAAAGAAGAAAGUAAAGAUUAA